AUGAAAGUCGAGAAAUGCCCCUCCGAUACUUUCGCCCUGUCAAACUACGUUUCCAUCGCACCUGGACAAGUCGAUCCCUCAAAGCACUACCUUCUUGUCAACAAUGAAUAUGUAUUUACAGCAAGACCAGACAACUCGUUGAACCGUGGCGUUCUCGGAACUAGCGCCAUGCAGCGCCGCUGGGCUCAAUUCUCGCUGAAGCAGGAGGUCACUGUCGAAGCAUACAACCCUUUUGAAGAUGGUGUCGACAUUUACUUGGCGAGUCUCAAAGUUGAAGUUGGUUUCCUGAGAAAGAGUACACAAAUGACAGAAGAUUUUGAUACCGAGGCAAUGGAGAAGGCAUUCUCAUCGAAUUUCCAUAACCAAAUCUUUACUGUGGGUCAACUGUUGGUAUUCGAGUUCCGAGGUGUCAACCUUUCAUGCAGAAUCGCCGACAUGGAGGUGGUCGAGUUAGACGCCUUGAAACGUAUGACCGAAGAAGGUGGUGCUUCCCACGAAGGAACGGGGGCAUCACAUGCCAAUCGAGGUGUUUUGAUGCGUCAAAGCACUAUUCAGUUUACGAAAACCAGCGAAUCCACUAUCCGUCUUAAGGGCGCCAAGCGAUCUCAACAAUCGAAGCCUUUGAUCCGAGCCGAUUUCAAGUUUGAGGAUUUGGGUAUUGGUGGUCUGGACACCGAAUUUAGCGCCAUUUUCCGACGUGCCUUUGCAUCGCGCAUUUUCCCUCCCUCCAUCGUUGAAAAGUUGGGUGUGCAGCACGUCAAGGGUCUUUUGCUCUAUGGUCCUCCCGGUACUGGUAAAACUUUAAUUGCUCGACAGAUUGGCAAGAUGUUGAACGCUCAAGAACCCAAGGUCGUCAGUGGUCCUGAAGUGUUGAGCAAGUUUGUUGGUCAGAGUGAAGAGAAUGUCCGAAAACUGUUUGCGGAUGCCGAAGCAGAGUACAAGUCUAAGGGAGAAGAGUCGAGCCUGCACAUUAUCAUUUUUGAUGAACUGGAUGCUAUUUGUAAACAGCGUGGUAGCCGUGGUGAUAGUACCGGUGUUGGUGAUUCGGUCGUUAAUCAGCUUUUGGCCAAGAUGGAUGGUGUAGAUCAGCUCAACAACAUUUUAAUUAUCGGUAUGACCAACAGAAAGGACAUGAUCGACGAGGCCUUACUGCGUCCAGGUCGUCUCGAGGUACACAUGGAGAUUGGUUUGCCCGACGAAUCUGGUCGUCUUCAAAUCCUCAAGAUUCACACUGGCCGUAUGCGAGAGAAUGAUAUUCUCGAUCCUGAUGUUUCUUUAGAGGAACUUGCUGAUCUCACAAAGAACUACAGUGGUGCUGAAAUUUCUGGUGUAGUGAAAGCUGCAUCAUCUUAUGCCUUCUCGCGACACACAAAGGUUGGCACAGUUGCUGGAGUAGCACCUGAUGUGGAGGAGAUGAAGGUCAACAUGGCUGAUUUUUUGGCUGCAUUAAAUGAAGUUCCGCCUGCCUUUGGUGUCUCUGAAGCAGAGUUGCAGCAAUGCGUCCAGAACCACAUUAUUCCCUUCAGUCCACAUAUCGAGCAAAUCUUGGCCGAUGGCAAAUUGUAUGUAGACCAAGUACGCCAAUCAUCACGCACUCCUGUGGUCAGUCUUUUGGCCCAUGGUCCAGCUGGUAGCGGUAAAACUGCUAUUGCUGCUACCAUUGCUUUGGAAAGUGAAUUCCCCUUCAUCAAACUUAUAUCACCUGAAACCAUGGUCGGUAUGACCGAAGCCGCCAAAAUUGCGGAAAUCAAUAGAGUCUUCAAUGAUUCAUACAAAUCACCACUCAGUGUUAUUGUUAUUGACAAUGUUGAGCGUUUAGUGGAUUGGGUGCCUAUCGGUCCUCGAUUCUCUAACGCAAUUUUGCAAGCAUUACUCGUCUUGAUCAAAAAGAAGCCUCCGAAGGAUCGUCGCUUGCUUAUUAUUGGAACUACUACCGAGCGCAAUGUUCUUGACCAGAUGGACAUGACAGAAGCUUUCAACUCGCAAAUCUACGUUCCUACUAUCACUACUUUGGAAGGCAUCGAUAUCGUGUUACAGCAACUUGGCCUCUUUACUGAUAACGAGCGUCAGCGCACCAUGUCGCUUUUGGAGCAAGCCGGAAUGGAGAACAAGGUUGCUAUUGGUGUUAAGAAGCUUCUCAUGAUCAUAGAAAUGGCUAGACAGGAUGCAGACAAGAUUGAAAAGUUUGUCAAUACCCUGAUAUCACUGUAG